AUGUCGUCGACAAACACCAUCAUCGAACCACCAGCAGUCAAGAAACGCGGACGCCCUAAGAAGGCCGCAGCCGAAGAUGCGGGGGAAACAAUAGUCGCAGACGCAAAGAAGACGUCGGCUGUAAAAAAGGCGACUACAAAGUCUAUAGCGCCCAGGGACAAAUUCGUCGCGCCAGAGAAGGACAAGAAGACAAUUGCAAAGAAGAAUGCGCCGGAACAUCCCACGCCUGUCACAGCAGCAACAAGCAAGAUUCUCGAGUCUGUACGCGCAAAAGGGACACUGAGCAAAACGUUACCUACCAAAGCAGCCAGCCUAGAGAGCAGGAGUAGCGCUACGCCUCCAACAACCAAACCCGCAACAGCAACAACAGCACAAGCACCACCACAAUCACAACCCAAACCCCCUCGCGCCCACCCCACACCAACAACCAUCCCCCUCCCACAGAAACCCAUCCCCGCCCCAUCCCCCAUCUCCUCGACCUCGCACACAACAUCCCCCCGCAACCCCGUCCUCCCACCAAACCCCUACCCAUCGACCCCUCGCCGCAUCCCGCCCGCGCUCUCCCAACACACGCGCGUCAUCGAGCCCACACCCGACAUACGGCUUCCGCCCAAGUACAAGCCCGCGGCGCGCCGGGUCACGGCGAUUAUAGUGAGUUUACCGAUUGUGCUGGUGUUUGGGUACGAGUUGAUUGAGCGGUGGAGGGGGAAGAAGGAGGUCAAGGUCAAGUUUGGGGGUGAAAGGGGUAUGUGA